GUGUUACGCGCAUGCUUUAACUUCGCAGCAUGUCAACUUUCUCACGCGGUCACAGAAGCACAGGCUCGUACGCAGGUUUACGGCGCGCUCAGGUGCACGGGAGGAACGCGCGCGCGUCUCUUCCUCUUUAAGAAGGCGGACUCGCCUCCGCACGCACCGUGUGUUUAUUACGAGCCUUGAAGCGGCACAUGGAAGCGAUACAGCCGAGUCCCUCUCUCUCGAAAUAUGGCGAAACCCACUGGCGCUGACAGCGCGCGCAACGGCCGGGAAGUUUUGGGGCAUUCUGCUUUUCGCUGCGACGGGGAGUAGAUGAGCUGUCACAUUUCCUCUACGUGCGCCUCUGAGGUUGUAUCAACUAGUUUCGUCGUUUGGUUCUUCUGCUGCCACACGCGCGCCUGUAAAUGCGGCAGCGCUGGCGACUCCCGUCUGAUCCGACGCUCGCAGCUGGACGUUAUCGGCUGUUUAGGAGGAACUCUGGAGAGCUGAAGACGGGUCAGGAGAGCGGAGACUGAGAUGGAAGAGCCGUCAAGCCCUAACAGACGCCAGUAAGCGGGUGGAUUCGGUGAAUUAGACGCGAUGGCAGCGUCAAGCAACUCCAGUCUGUCGGGGUCCUCCGUCUCUUCGGAUCCUGAAGAUUAUCAGCCACCUAUAUGGAAAUCAUACUUGUACCAAUUGCAGCAGGAAGCACCAAGACCAAAGAGGAUCACGUGUCCUCAGGAGAUGGAGAGCAGACCCAAAUACUAUGGAAGAGAGUUCCAUGGUCUGAUUUCCAGAGAGCAGGCAGAUGAACUGCUGGCUGGUACAGAAGGUGCUUACCUCAUCAGAGAGAGUCAGAGGCAACCAGGAACAUACACACUUGCUUUGAGAUUUGGCGGCCAGACUCUGAACUACAGACUCUUUUAUGAUGGAAAGCACUUUGUAGGAGAGAAACGUUUCGAGUCAGUUCACGAUCUGGUUACAGACGGCCUCAUUACUCUCUAUAUUGAGACAAAGGCAGCAGAAUACAUCGCCAAGAUGACCACAAACCCCAUCUAUCAGCAUCUGGGCUACACCUCUCUCCUGAGAGACAAAAUCACUCACCGACUCAACCGGACACACUCUGAGCCCAAAAAAGUUACUUUCCAGCAGGAUGAAAAGAUCAGCCCGUCACCGCUGAGCCGACGGACCACGAUCAAGGACGGACCGGAGAAACAAUGCAAUUAUGAGAAGAUCCACAACUUUAAGGUGCACACCUUCAGAGGGCCGCACUGGUGUGAAUACUGUGCAAACUUCAUGUGGGGUCUCAUCGCCCAGGGCGUCCGUUGCUCAGACUGUGGGCUGAACGUGCACAAACAGUGCUCCAAACUCGUGCCCAGUGACUGUCAGCCGGACCUCCGCAGGAUCAAGAAGGUCUUCAGCUGCGAUCUGACCACGCUGGUCAAAGCCCACAACACGCCACGGCCGAUGGUUCUGGACAUGUGUAUCAAAGAGAUCGAGCACAGAGGUCUGAAAUCGGAGGGUCUGUAUAGAGUGUCAGGCUUCACAGAACACAUAGAAGACGUCCGGCUGGCCUUCGAUAGAGAUGGUGAGAAAGCGGACAUCAGUGCCAAUAUCUACCCAGACAUCAAUAUAAUUACCGGAGCUCUGAAGCUUUAUUUGCGAGAUCUGCCCAUUCCAGUUAUCACAUAUGAGGUCUACUCCAAAUUUAUUCAAGCAGCCAAAAUUACAGACCCUGAUUCUAGACUGGAGGCUGUUCAUGAUGGUCUUCUCCAACUUCCUCCGGCCCACUAUGAGACCCUGCGGCACCUGAUGACGCACCUGAAGAGGGUCACCAUGUACGAAAAGGACAAUUACAUGAACUCGGAGAAUCUAGGAAUCGUUUUUGGCCCAACGCUCAUGCGGCCCCCGGACCUGAACACACUCACCACUCUCAACGACAUGAGAUACCAGAAACUGAUAGUUCAGCUCCUGAUCGAGCAUGAGGACAUCUUGUUUUAAACUGCUGAAAUGAAGACCUCGUUUAAAGACUUAAAAAAGCGUGUACAUUUUAAAAAGCAGCCUGCCAUGUAAUUCAAUGUUAUGUUUUCUCUUUUGCAAACGGAAUUUGGGCUUAUGUGCACAUUUCACUCAAUGUGUUUCAAUUCUCCAAACAAAUACUGCUAAGCAUGGAGUAGAUGAACAUCUAUGGUGAAAACAGAAUCAAUUAUUACUGAUGAGCAUCUAGUUUAAAGGAGUAGUUCACCCUAAAUUACCAGAAAACUUAGCAUUACAUAUUCUGCACACCAACUGACCCUCUGCAGUGAAUGGGUGCCGUCAGAUUAAGACUUCAAACAGCUCAAAAGACACCACAAUAAAACAAAGUAAUCUGCGUGACUCCAGUCCAACAUCUUACAUAUUGUGAAGAAAAAACAAUUUAACAAAAAAAACUGAAGUUUUGUGGAUUAUUGUAAUGUAUUUAUCAGCUUUUUGAACUCUCAUUCUGACGGCACCCAUUCACUGCAAUGGAUGAAAGGUGUUUCUCUAGAUCUGUUCUGAUUACACAAUCUAGAAUGGCUCGAGGGUGGAUUCCUUUAAAUCAAAUUACAGUACCUUUUUUUUUUUGGUCAUGAUGUUGGUAAAUGUAUGUGUGCUAUAAAGGCAAUACAGUUAAGAUCACGUGUAAAGCACUUUUUAAUUUUACAUGGAGUGUAAAUAGUUAAUAUUUUGUCCACCUGUUGUUAAUUAUUCUGUGGUUAACCCAUGCUUUCUUUAAAUUACAUUUUGUUCACCCUGACAGCAAUUAAGCGAUCAACGUCAACACCCUGUGAAUGGACAAAAUGGUUCUGUGAGCUUUUAUUUAGUGCUUGUUCCUUCCUCCUUGGACUUGGUCCCAUUUCAACGAUUUUGCUAAACAGAAUGAUGCGUAUUGCGUUCAUCUUGGACUCCUGAGGUGAAAUCAGUUACUCACCUUGAAAAAAAAAAAAAAAAAAAAAAAAAAAAGGUCCACGUAUGGUACCCUCACCUUGCUUCGAAUUUCCUUCAGAUUGUUUAUUUGAUAAAAUACCUUUUUACAGUUUCUUUGAAGAUAACUCUGUGAACGAUUGUAAUUAUUAUAACUGUAAUUUAUCAAAUGCUGAUUUAUUAAAUUAUGUAAAUCUG